AUGCAGAACGAUAAGGUGAUCACUUAUGCCUCUCACCAACUGAAGAAACACGAAGAGAACUACCCGACUCAUGACCUGGAGUUGGCAGCAGUAGUCUUCGCCUUAAAGAUAUGGAGGCAUUACCUAUACGGAGAGGAUUUUCAGUUAUUCUUGGCCGAUGCUUUGAGUCGAAAGAAGAAACAUGAGCUGGUAGCCACUCUAAUGAUCAAGGAGUGGGAGAUGGUGAAGUUUGUUCAGGACUUCGACAUCCAGCUUACGCUCAAUGAGCCAGAUGUGUACGUAGCACUUUUGAUUGCAGAGCUUACCCUGGUUCGACAAGUAAUCACUACCAAGGACAAGGAUGCAUGGCUCAUCAAGAUGAAAGAGAAGUGUAAGAACGAGGAAAUGCCUGAUUGGAGGGUUAGUAGUGACGACGGUCUUCGAUAUCAGGGACGAGUAUGCGUUCCAAACAACGUCGAUCUGAGAAAGGAGGUGAUGACAGAAGCACACCAUUCCAAGUUAGCUAUCCACCUGGGCAGCACCAAGAUGUACAAUUAG